AUGCGACGUGGUCCCCAACUCCACAAUCCCCAGAACACCCUCCGUGGAGGAUCCCCUGCCAACCCUGCCUCCCAUGCCCAGACCCAAGGCCAGGGUCGCAUCGAAAACGGUCGCAUGGCUGCACCGCUGCCAGGGCUUGAUGAGCAGCCCGAGUUGCAGGAGCAACUGCCUCCUCCAACAGACAGUGACUCCCGUGCCGCGCCUGCUUCGGAUGCAGCGACAAGUGUUGAUCCCGGUGCUACGUCGUCACAAGCUCCCACGUCUUCGGCAGACGAUACAGGGAUACUGGGCCGCCUCAUGCGCCGGCGAUUGGCCCCUAAGGACAAGGACGUCGAAAACGAUAAUAAGAAGCGGUCGCUUUCCACGAGCGCCGACAAUACCAGCCAGUCUGCCGGAGCCGAUCACGAGAACAGCAACUCGUCUGAUCCGUUGGCCAAUGCCGAUGAGACCACAGACCACGAAAUGCAGGCACAGUCUAUGCCAUUAUCCGCGUCCCACGCUUCUCAAAAGAAGCUAGGCGACACGACCAAGACACAGGAGGCCCAGACUGUCUCGGAUGCCCGAAACCCAUCGUCCUCGUCUGUCCCCCGUUUCCUACGACAGGUUGCGAAACCCCAGCAAGCGAAAGCCAGCCCGAACCAGGUUACUGGCGCCAUCACCCCACACAAGCGCAAUCCGCAGUCUCAGUCUUCCCAGGCUCAACACCAGCAGCACAUGUCUUCCUCAACGCCGUCUGCGCAACCUAAGCUGCGCGCGAAGCCGAGUUUCGGCAAGCGUUUCUGGUCUAGAUCUGGGGCCAAUGACUUUGGCGACGACAACGCAGCCAACGCCGAUGCCGAAACACCUGCUCCCGCCCCGGUGUCUCGGCCGGUGUAUGUGCCAAAGCAUGCGGCAUCAGACUUUUCGCGCACAACGUACCCGCCGCGCCAUCAUCGUCACAGCUUCUCUCUCGGCAACGGCGAGAAUGGCGUCCGCCCCCUGGCCACAAUUACUGCCGAAGCCUCAGAGGACGAGCCUCAACGUCAGGUCGCACCGGAGCAGAGAAACCGUACACCGUCAGCCGAGAAGGCCGAGAAGCGCAGGUCACGAGAGCUAUCGUCCUCUUCCAAGUUCGACGGACCGUCUCCUCAGGAACUGCACCGCCGACUUGAGAUUGUAAAGAGCAGUGAGAUUGAGGUUGUGACCACCAGAGAACCCACUGCCGUCGAUCACCAGCCUCAACAGCAUCAGCUGCCGCACAUCAACUCGAAUGCCUCAUCGGCAAAUGGCAAGGGACCCGCGAAGGCGCAGCCUCCAUCCCGUCCACGAUCGUCUCAACGGCACAGCUUCAACCUGGUUGCGGAUCCUUACGCAAGAGACCUGACGCCUCCCAAGUCUGCGUCGCCAGUGGAGAUGGAGGCUCCUUUUGAUCCGCCAAGUCACGCGCAGCAACAGACGGUAGAGCCGACAUCGCAAUACGUCCCGAAGCAGGCAUCUCCACCACGACAGGUCACGCAGGACAAGUCUUCACAUGGCCGGUCUCAACACUCCAAAGAGCAGGCCGAAGAGAAGCCUCGCAAGGAGAUGACGGACUUCGAGCGAUUCAUAGCCGAUGCUGAGGCCGCCGAGCGUGAACAUCAUGCACAGAUAUGGCGCAACCUCGCCCGUCGCUCCGGUCAUUACGGAUACAGUGACAAUACCUACAACCCGUACACGGCAUACAGGCCGGAUCCGGUCUCAACCAAUCCGAGCGCCGUAGCUAACACGCAAAAGAGUGGCAAGCGGGACAGUGCGUAUUACUCGGUUGGAAAGCGGGCGAGUAUGAUGACCACGGCUGCCGAGGACGAGCGCAACUUCAUGUACGGACAGCCACUAGGCGACAACAAUGGCCCGAAGCACCAGGGAAGCAUCUCCAAACGCAUUGCCGAUUACAUCAAACCAUCCAAGUCGGGCCAAGAGGCCGCUCCAGAGGACUGGAUGGCGGGACGGGCAAACCGCAGAAGCGUGAUUGCAGGCGUAGCAGAGGAGUGA